GCCACGAUCGUCAUUUUCCAUUGUUCCGUCGUGGUAGUCUGUUAAAUGAAAACCUGCUGCAUUGUGUAGCGUUGUGGCGAGGGAGGCACAUUUGUAGGCCGGACUGGAACGAACGAAGAGUGGGCUCAGAUUUCUUGCCCUAAUAUUUCCCACUUUACAAUGAUGCCUUCAAGUCAUGUACGAAAAUCGGAAAGGUCGACAUUUUCUUGGUAACUAAAUGCUUUAUUCGUUGGAAAGUGACACAAUUUAAAAUAAUAAGUGUACACAAUGUAACCGAUAUGCGAUGUAUUCUCUUGUUGUGAGACACGUGAAUGAAAAAAGGUCGCGUGAAUUGUUUUUGAUGUAGUCGUAAGUUUUACGUGGCGUCCCUGAAAGCAACUGGACGAGCCGUCCAAGCAGGCAGGAUGCAGACCAGAAGAACAGUCAAGUACAGUUCGGGUUUCCUGGCGGACAAAGCCCAGUUCAAUUCCGUUUAACCUUUUUUUUUACGUCUAACCACAACCGAACGUCUGCAUUCGGUACCGACUCCACCCAGACCCGAUUCGACCGUCGCGUUUGGACUAUGGAAUCUCACGUCCUCCCGGUCCAUAUCCGCCCUCAGCGGCUCCAGCCGGGGAUCGGAUUCGGUUCGGGGCCGAGCGGCGGUGGAACGCUCCGCUCCUCCUCCGCCUCCGCCUCCGCCUCGUCGUCUCUCCGGCCCGGAGUGACGGUGGCCAUCCCUCCGCUGUUGCCGUCGCCGCCGUCGCUGGCCGCCUGCUCGGGGCCUCCGCCGCCCCCGCCGCCGCUGCAGCUCCACAGCCUGUACGGCGGAGGCGGAGGAGUUGGCCUGGCUCUCCCCGCCACUGGCCACUCCAACCCCGGCAACCCGGGGGUGUUGAAGGAGGCGGUGGAGGCGGUGGUCCGCAGCUUUGCCAAGCACACGCAGGGCUACGGGCGAGUGAACGUGGUGGAGGCCUUGCAGGAGUUCUGGCAGAUGAAGCUGAGCCGCGGCGCCGACCUGCGCAACGGCGCGCUGGUGGUGUACGAGAUGGUGGCGGCCAGCAGCCCGCCGUACGUCUGCUACGUGAGCCUCCCGGGGGGCAGCUGCUUCGGAAGUUUCCAGUUCUGCCCCACCAAGGCGGAGGCCCGACGCAGCGCCGCCAAGAUCGCCCUCAUGAACUCCGUCUUUAACGAGCACCCGUCGCGACGCAUCACCGACGACUUCAUCGAGAAGAGCGUCGGGGAGGCCUUGGCUUCCUUCAACCGUUUGCCGCAGGGAAACAGGGAGGAGGCCGACAACCCCAAUACAGGAAUCGGGGCCUUCCGCUUCAUGCUGGAAUCCAACAAAGGCAAAUCAAUGCUGGAAUUUCAGGAGCUGAUGACCGUCUUCCAGCUCCUCCACUGGAACGGAAGCCUGAAAGCCAUGAGGGAGCGCCAGUGUUCCCGUCAGGAAGUGCUGGCCCACUACUCGCACCGGGCGCUGGACGACGACAUGCGCACGCAGAUGGCGGCCGACUGGGUGAACCGCGAGCAGAGCGUGGCCGGCACCGUCGGCCGGGAGCUCGCCGCCACCGAGCGCGAGCUGGAGGAGGCUCGGCUGGCCGGCCGCGAGCUGCGCUACUACAAGGAGAAGAAGGACAUCCUGAUGUUAGCCGUGGGCCAGCUGAGCGCCGCCAACGCCGCCACGCUGCCCUCGCACUAAAAGAGUCCUCGGGUAACACCGCCCGAGGAUGACGGCAACCGGCCACAGAACGAGCCGCGAGUCACUCGUGGCUCGUUACCUUUUGGUGCCUGACCGCCUUUGUUUUUGUCCAGUUGGCCAACCGGCCGCCUGGAGUUGACAUGGUUUGCUCUUGUCUCUUUCGGCCUUACGUUGUCGGGGAGGGCGCGGCAUUUUCUGUCGGGUCCCUUGGAAUCUAUAUUAUAAACAAUGUUACGGUUCAAUUGAUGUCAAGUGACUAAAAAGGUAGUGUUCUGUGUGAACUUAAGUGGGCUCUCUCUCAGUCGGGAUGCGUCACUGAAGCAUUGGGCAUUGGUGCCCUCUGGUGGCACUCGGAAGCAUUUCACAAAAAAAGCACAACCGUCGCUGGAAGUGGCGACGCUUGACUGACCGACCGUUCGAGGGCAAGGCAACCUGAUUGGAACUCUGCCCGGCGCCCGCAACGAUCCCGGCGGUCUCCCGCAACCCCAAUUGUCAUUUUGCCACAUUUCUCCACAUUUUCACUUUGGGCUUGCCCUCGUCCCAGAAGACGCAAUUCACAUUGUUGACGCGUAUCCCCUAAAUCACCUGCCCGCCAAUUGCCGAAAUACAGUCUGCGAAAAAUACGCGGGGCCUUUUAUCAUGACGGAAACGUGUAGCACAGAAAGGAGGAUGGCGCUAUUACGCACGCAAAUGGCCUCGCGCCGCUGUUUUGUCUUAUUUCGGUAGCAGCACUUGCUUGUGACUUGGAAUGCCUUGCACGCCAUCGCGGUGUGAAGGAUGCCCGUGGUACGAGUGGGACAUGAUGCAUUUCAUGCUACAAACGUGACAUAUCAUUUGAACCGUCUAUUUUCUGUGUCCAAACGAUUAGGGAUGAUGUUUCUGUGAUGUCUUUUAACCCAACAGUAUUGUUAAUUUUGUAAAGGAUUUCUUAAGGUCAUCGUGGUGUGUAUUUUAUAUGCUGGUUUUGUAUUCACUGUUUAUACAUUUAGUAGAUUUAUAUAAAAUAAAAUACACAAUGAUCCAUGUUUA